AUGGAUUCUAAAAUUACACCUAUUGAUGUUGUUGGAAGGUUUGUUGUAAAUGGGGUUGAUGAGGCUGUAGUUGUGGAUUCUGCUGUUGUACUUUCUGAGGUUGUAGGCACCACUGUUGAAGUAAUUGGUGUGGUUUCUGUACUCACAAUUGUGGUUGUGGGAAUUUCAGUUGUCGAUGAGGCUGUAGUUGUUGAUGUUGUUACAGGUGCAGCUGUUUCUGAAGAUGUAGGCAUUGUUGUUGAAGUAGGAGUUGUGGAUUCAGAAGUUACAGCUGGUGAUGUUGUUGGAUCGUUUGUUGUUGUAGAUGUGAUUGAUGAAGCUGUAGUCAUGGUUUCUACUGUUGUACUUUCUGAGGUUGUAGGCACCACUGUUGAAGUAAUUUGUGUGGUUUCUGUACUCACAAUUGUGGUUGUGGGAAUUUCAGUAGUUGACGAUGUUGUAGUUAUUGAUGUUACCAGUGCAGCUGUUUCUGAAGAUGUAGGCAUAGUUGUUGAAGUAAGAGUUGUGGAUUCUGGACUCACAACUGUGGUGGUGGGAAUUUCAGUAGUUGAGGGUACUGUAGAUACUGAUGUUGUUCCAGGUGCAGUUGUUUCUGAAGAUGUAGGCAUCACUGUUGAAGUAAUAGUUGUGGGAAUUUUAAUAGUAGUUGAGUAUGCUGUUACUGAUGUUGUUACAGGUGCAGUUGUUUCUGAAGAUGUAGGCAUCGUUGUUGUAGUAAGAGUUGUGGAUUCAGAAGUUACAGCUGUUGAUGUUGUUGGAUCAAUUGUUGUUGUAGAUGCGGUUGGUGAAGCUAUAGUUGUGGUUUCUGCUGUUGUACUUUCUGAAGUUAUAGGCACCACUGUUGAAGUAAGAGUUGUGGAUUCUGGACUCACAACUGUGGUGGUGGGAAUUUCAGUAGUUGAGGGUACUGUAGAUACUGAUGUUGUUCCAGGUGCAGUUGUUUCUGAAGAUGUAGGCAUCACUGUUGAAGUAAUAGUUGUGGGAAUUUUAAUAGUUGAGAAUGCUGUAGUUACUGAUGUUGUUACAGGUGCAGUUGUUUCUGAAGAUGUAGGCAUUGUUUUUGAAGUAAGAGUUGUGGAUUCUGAAGUUACAGCUGUUGAUGUUGUUGCAUCGGUUGUUGUUGUAGAUGUGAUUGAUGAAGCUGUAGUCGCAGUUUCUACUGUUGUACUUUCUGAAGUUGUAGGCACCACUGUGGAAGUAACUGGUCUGGUUUCUGUACUCACACUUGUGGUUGUGGGAAUUUCAGUAGUUGACGAUGCUGUAGUUACUGAUGUUACAAGUGCAGCUAUUUCUGAAGAUGUAGGCAUAGUUGAUAAAGUAAGAGUUGUGGAUUCUGAAGUUACAGCUGUUGAAGAUGUUGGAUCGUUUAUUGUGGUAGGUGUGGUUGAUGAAGCUGUAGUUGUGGUUUCUGCUGUUGUACUUUCUGAAGUUGUAGGCACCACUGUUGAAGUAAGAGUUGUGGAUUUUGUACUCACAACCGUGGUGGUGGGAAUUUCAGUAGUUGAGGAUGCUGUAGUUAUUGAUGUUGUUAUAGGUGCAGUUGUUUCUGAAGAUGUAGACAUAGUUGUUGAAGUAAUAGGUGUGGUCUCUGUACUCACAACUGUGGUUGUGGGAACUUCACUAGUUGACAGUGCUGUAGUUGCUGAUGUUGUUACAGGUGCAGUUGUUUCUGAAGAUGUAGGCAUAGUUGUUGAAGUAAGAGUUGUGGAUUCUGAAGUUACAGCUGUUGAUGUUGUUGCAUCGUUUGUCCUUGUAGGUGUGGUUGAUGAAGCUGUAGUUGUGGUUUCUGCUGUUGUACUUUCUGAAGUUGUAGGCACCACUGUUGAAGAAAGAGUUGUGGAUUCUGUACUCACAACCAUGGUGGUGGGAAUUUCAGUAGUUGAGGAUGCUGUUGUUAUUGAUGUUGUUACAGGUGCAGUUGUUUCUGAAGAUGUAGACAUAGUUGUUGAAGUAAGAGUUGUGGAUUCUGAAGUUACAGCUGUUGAUGGUGUUGGAUCGUUUGUUGUAGAUGUGCUUGAUGAAGCUGUAGUCGUGGUUUCUGCUGUUGUACUUUCUGAAGUUGUAGGCAGUGUUGUUGAAGUAAUGGUUGUGGUUUCUGUACUCACAACUGUGGUUGUGGGAAUUUCAGUAGUUGAGGAUGCUGUAGUUACUGAAGUUGUUAAAGGUGCAGUUGUUUCUGUAGAUGUAGGCAUUGUUGUUGAAGUGAGAGUUGUGGAUUCUGAAGUUACAGCUGUUGAUGUUGUUGCAUCGGUUGUUGUUGUAGGUGUGGUUGAUGAAGCUGUAGUUGUCGUUUCUGCUGUUGUACUCUCUGAAGUUGUAGUGAUUUCCAUUGUUGUGAGUCCAAGUGACGUUUUGGGUACAGCUGUAGCAGUGGAAGGUUCAGUUGUGGUUGUGGAUGCAGUAUUUGUUGUUUCAGCUGCAGUUGUCGUUUCUGAAGAUGUAGGCAUGGUUGUUGAAGCAAGUGGUUCCGUAGUUAUAACCAUUGUUGUACCUGAAGAAUCAGAUGAGGUUGGAGCUGAUGUUGCUGAUGUUGAAGUGGCAAGUACAGUUGUUGUUUCUGAAGCUGUAUAUCCUGAAGUUGUAGACUCCGUUGUUGAAGCACUGGAUUUUUAA